AUGGCUCGAGUCUUGAAAACAAGGCACAAAUCUCAAAGGUACUUCAUUUCCCUUCAGCGGUCUUCAGGUGCAUACUGCACUCGUUUAAGGUGCACAAGUUACCAGAGGUCGCUUAAGAUCGCAUGGUUCUUAUUUAAGACCUCUGAAGUAAGAAACAUUUUUCCUGAUGGCCUCGGAUGCCGGAAGUGGAGCUACAACGAUAAGAAGCAAAACCACGGAGCCACGAGACUGUGGCGGAUCCUAAUCUCCGAGUCUGCUUUCCUAAUAUGGAAGCUGCGCUGCGAAAGGGUCAUCGGACAUGAGGAGGAGGAGAGAUGGGCGCACAGCAGCAACGAGCUACGAAGCCGAUGGGCCUCGACGAUGAAUCAAAGGCUGCACCUCGAUGCGGCAACCACACACCCCCGUUUUGGCCGCAAAGCGCUGAGACGAGAUAUAUAUGCCGAUACAUGGCACGACGCAGUCGUUGAUAACCGCGCGCUCUACACCCAUAGAUCGCGCGAAGGGGUUUUAGUGGGUAUUCCGUCCGCGGGCUAUGAGUUAGACCCCGGAUGAGAGAGCCCCACACUGGUCCGAAACGACCGUGCGCAAAGCAUUUUUCCCUGAAGCGAUGCGGAUAUCCGCUGGCUGGCUGGACGGAUGGUUGGCCCGAUUGGCCAAUGCUACCGUCUACUAGAGCCCUCCAAAAAAAAAAAAAAAA